GUAUGUUCAGAUGACAGACGGCACACUGCAAGCCGUAAAUACACUUAGUGAAUGAAACUGUGAAGACGAGCUGUUUGAUAAAACUGUGACUGUUAUUUAUCACUUUUUCAAAUAUAUAUAUAUUUAUUCUAGUGAAAUAAGUAUCUUGCCUACAAAUCUUUGCAAUAAAUUAUGCAUCUUACCUUUUUUUAUUGACAAGAAGUGUGAUAACCAACAAAAAGUGGAACCUGGAGAAGAAAUUGCAGCAACAGGUGAUCAGAGCAGGUGACUUUGCCAACGGGAUGUGGUACCCAUAAAGAAGCUUUACCCUGAGAAUCUGCAUUGUCUCAGAGAUAUGAACUAUUACUAUGGGCAUAACUUCUCUGAACCAUAUUAUCCCAACAUGUCUGUUUCUGGCUACCCCUACUAUUGGAGAUCAGCAAACACUGGAGGAACAGAUGACGGUCACUUUUUACCUCCCAUUCAUCUACACAAUUACACUAGUCGACCUUAUACCCUGGUUAAAGAAGAUUGGGACAUGUACUCUGAAGGAGGCAGGGCUGUAGAGUACCAUCACUUCUAUGGAAUCAACCCCUUGUCCUUAAUGAAUCUUUACUGGUACUAUCAACAGGCUUACUUGUACCCUCAGAAUUACUCCAUGUACCGUAAAAUGACUCCUGAGCCCCCAAAUAAUGGUGCAUGGCCAGAGGGUUUUACCAUGAAAGGAGAACUUCGCUGGGGAAAAUUGGAAAGAAUUUAUGGGCCCCGUAGAGAAGUGCCAGAAUUUGUGAAGGAUGACCUGCGGAGGGUGUAUGGGACCUAUCCAAAGACCGAUGUUUCCAUCACCUACCAAGGAGGGGAGUUUCUGGUCAAGGGAGAUCCUAGAGUCGGAGAACAAGAGUACAAGGUAGAGAAGAAAGUCAUUCGGCAGGCAGCCUCUCCAGAGGGGGACAGCGUGAGUGAAAUUGUGGAGAAAAGAAAGAAGAAGAAAAACAAGCGUUAGUGUGGUGUGAAGGAUAAGAAGCCAGGAGGGUACCCAGCUGCAUUUCUGGAUGCUUCCAUUUGAAUCAUUCAAAAAGCGUGCCUAUUCUAAAACUGUCAACUGGAAGAACGAAAGAAUAGGAAGACUACAAAAAGAAAAGAAGUGCUACACAAAUUCCUCAUGUGCCAAAUAAAUUGGCAGCACAUUUUCAUUGAUUCAUUCAUUUUUUUCAAGACUUGUGUUGUAUUGCCAUGACUAUGAACACUUGACAGCAUUAUAAUCUGAACCCCGGACAAGUACAGUAUGACAUCAUUUAGAAUAGUUGUUUUUAUAUUGUUCAGCUGAACAUUGUGGCCUGCAGGGGGCGCUCCUUCUGCCCAAACCCGACACAGACAGACACAGGACACUCAUUCAAGCACACGCUUUUAAUUUUUUU